CGGGCCAGGAAGGAUCUGAAAGAUCAAGACACUUCGAGUGAACCCUUACAUGACAGCCUUUACUCAUGCACUCCUUUCUCUUCUGAUGAGGUGAGCGCUGCAGACGUGGUGAACUGUUUAUCCGCACCAGACUUGGCUGCGCUUUUCCGAGCUUACGGUGAAGACCGUUGGGCGGGUAGGAUCGCUCGAGCAAUCGUAGCCCAUAGAGCUACUAUCGGCCCAAUACAUACGGCGCACCAGCUUGCCGAAUUGGCUCACUCAGUCACUGUCACUAAGACGUCCUGUAGCCCGCUUAGUCGACCUAAGCAUUUUAAUGAAGAAAAAUACGAGGAAGUGGUGGAAGGUGAAACAAAUCGCCGACAAAAGCGCCCACUAGCUGGUCUUCAUCAGGCCUCAGUACGUGUGCUACAAGCUCUGCGCAUAUUUGUUAACGAUGAAUUGAACGAGUUGGCUUUUGGACUGGAGAUGGCACAUCAAAUUUUACGCCCUGGUGGUCGGCUCGUGGUCAUCUCAUUCCAUUCUCUAGAGGACCGACUGGUUAAACUUGCCCUAGCUUGUUCCACGCGGCAGGCAAUUUGCACAGACAACCUCAUUUUCAAGGAGCACUUCCAUUCGCGCCAUCACCGCCACCAGAAAGAAACUAGCAAGGUCCUGAAACCUGGUCUGGCAACUUAUCUGGAGGCCGCCGUGGCCCCUAGAGAUUCUGAGGGUUCUUUAUUGCUACCAGCCAAGGGGUUGGCACCCUACUCAAAUAGCAUAAGUGAGCAAGGUUUCCAACGGUAUCGCAAUCUGUUGCGCGCCUGUAUGAGCGAACCAAUUAUUGAGUACGAGGCUAAUCAGGGCGAGAUUCCUACUGAGUUGGAGUGCAGUGCCCGAUUUUGGUGCCAAGUAAGCAGACGGGGAUUUCAUAUGGGGUCUGUAGUGAAUAAAAAAUUUACAGAUAAAUCUGUUUUAGAAUUGUAA